AUGGAAGCGGUGCCUCCUCACGUCCUACUUGACGAAGAUGUCCUCGAACCGCCGGCGGCCGAGUUGGACAACAUGCUAUUUGACGACGUUGAACCUCUUCCCUUUGACGUACUACUUGGACAUCCUAUCCUUGAUGUGGCACCAGAUGAACAAGCGGCUGGACCGGACAAUGCACACUUCAAUGAUGAUGGACCUUUACCCUUCGACGUGAUCCUCGGGCAUCCUUUUCUCCACGCAGCACCAAAUCAAGCAGAUCCACAGCCCGGCCCCGUGCCCCUCUUCAAUCCCCCUGCUCCCGAUAACAUGGAAGACGACUUCGCCCUUGGAGCUUUAGACUUUGCCCUCGUGCAACAGGAGCCUGCGCACGGGAAUCAGCUUGGGUUGAUUAACAUUGCCCAAGUGGCCCCUCACCAACCAGAUGUUGUAGAUGGCGCAGAGUUUGGUGUAUUGCAGCUCGAGCAUCACUUGCCACCAGGACUGGAUGCUAUUAUGAGUGUCAUAGGAUUCUUACGGAACUAUCCUCCAGAACUUGUAGCCCACCCGAGCGGUCCGGGGCUUGUGAUAGAGCUUCAUGCCGCGGUGACGGACUUCAUGCUGGCGCAUGAAAUCCCUGCGAACGCGCAAGCUCCACCUUUUGCCCCGCAGGCGGGGUUACCACAGGACGGUCUUGACAUCGACCCUUAUGCUGGAGAUGAUGGGAGCGACGUGGCCAAUAACGUUCUCAACUUGCCGAACUAUGACCAAGGAGCUGCGGGCGUGGAGGUUCAUCCGCCGGUGCAGGCACUUGUACCAGACGUAGUGCACGUACUCCACGUCGAACCUGUGGACGCUAUGCCAGCUCUCGGUGCCGUUCCGGCUGGCGUGGCCAACAACGAAGAGGGGGGCAAUGCUCCGCACGUGAUCGUGCCAGAUGAAGCGCCUCCGCCAUACCCGCAUCCCCCCGCAGAAGCUCCAGGAGUCCUCAACGAAGAACUUGAACACGAAGGGCCGAACGAUGACGGGGAUCAUCACGUCGAGGAGCAUCCACCGCCUGCUGCUCUGCCGGAAACAGACAAUCAUGUUGAAGCGAUUGAUGAGCACGGCCAGAAUCAACCCCAUAUCGCUCCCCACAUUGGCAGCACAAGAGCUUUCGUCGCGUCACCCGGUGCGGGUCCAUCGAAUGUUGCAGGUCCCAAUGGCUCCCCCGCACAUGCGAGCUCGAUUAUGGGCACAGCAUUGGACGUACAUGGAAGAGCUGCCUUCUCGUCACUCUGCACUCGGUUUACCAUAGAGGACAACUUGAGCAACAUCAAUGAAGUAUUGUUCGCAGCUUCGGACUGUAUUGAACAACUUCAGACGUCGUCGUCAAACCAGCAGCGACUUCCAGCGGCGUUACCGCCUAGAGCUGUUGCGUCCUCGUCGGAUCACCCUCACAUACCCAACAAGCCGAAACGCAGUUCCAAACUUCGUGAGGUAUGGCUUAAGAUCAUGUCUAGAUCGUCUUCACCAGAUGCACCUGGAAAGCAUCGUGCGCCACAAUCGGUGGAGCAACGCGCGUGGUAG